CUAUAGACAGGUUGAGACAGGUAUAUACUGAUGACUGAGAUGUGCGCAGAGCGCAAAUAAAAACGGGAAAUUGUAUAUUGUUCAAUUUCUUUAUUGCGAUAAAACUAAGUAAAUUGUUUGUUAUUCAUGAAAAUAAGUAUUUAAUUAAAGUACAUAAAAUGGUUUUUAAAUUAGUGCGUGUCGACAGUACAGACCCAUGUAAAAUAAAAUUGCCGGUGGGAAAACAUGAUAUUGGGAGAGGCAAAUUUCUUUUCGAAAAUGAAUAUGACAACAAGGUCUCUAGGAACCAUGCAGAACUAUUGGUUACAGAUGAUGAGGUCACAUUGACUGCGUUACAUUCCAACCCAUGUUUUUAUAUGAAAAAGCAGCACAAAAGUGUCCAAGUCUUGAACAAAGACUCAUGCAUUGUGUUGGGUUGUGGUGACAAAUUUGGCAUUUUACCACAUAUCUACUGGUACGAGCUGAUAUUCUGUUCCCAACUGCCAGAGGAUGCUGAAAGUGCCAAAGAUAAUAAGAAGGAAGGGGAAUCAGUGGAGAAAGAGGCUGACAACGAGGAUUUGUCAAAGGAGGUUAAUUUUGAACCAAAUGAAACAAAAGCGCAGGAAGGGGGACAGUCAUCGCCUUCCACACUUGAAAGAGAUUCACCAACACAAUUAUAUGAAUGGAGGAAAUCACCUUCGCAUGAUUGUGAGGAAAAAGCCGAAGACCAGGAUGAGAAAGCACAGUCUCCGUUAAAGCGGCCCAUAAGCCCAAACAAUGGAGAUGGUGAAGAAAUCAAAAAGGUCAAAACUGACGAUGAUAAUGCUGACGAGGCUGGACCCAGUAAUGGAGUAAGGCGUCGACAAGUGACGACAAGGACGAUAAUGGACCAGUGCGCGAGAGGUGCAUGUAUGGAGCUAGCUGUUAUAGGAAGAACCUGCAGCACAGGGCGCAGUACUCGCACCCGGCGGACGCGGACUGGCCGGCGGCCGAGCGGCGCGCGUGCGCGUUCGGCGCGGCGUGCCGGCGCCGCGACCCGCGCCACCGCCGCGACUGCGCGCACCCGCCCGCGCCCCCGCCUCGGGACGCGCCGCUGCAGCGCGACGGACGAGGUAGGCAAUUUGUCGAGCGCUAUGGAAACAUAUUCUACAUAAACGCACACACUGUCAACUUCUACGACGAUCACUUCCAAGUCGAGGACUCUGAUGGCGACAGCGUCGACUACGAUUAUGAAUUUUGAGCUUAAAAACACCCGAGAAUAUGGUAUAAUUUGCGUUACAUUAUGAAGAUUUAUAUUAUUUUUAAUCAGGUGAGAAAAAGAAAAAGAAACUCGACGAUUCGUCAUCGUUGAUAGUGACGACCAAAAGACAGCGUAAGACAGUGAAAAUGCAUGCGUGGAGUGAUGACUCGGAGGUCGAGCAGGAUCCUUACGCGACUGAUGAGUCGGACGAGUGGCAGCCAUCCAGCGACUUCACGGAUACGCAGGCGUACACGUCUGAUUGAAAUUAAUGUGGAGCGGCUCGUGAUAUUUGUAAAUUUACUAUAGUCUCACUAUUACUGGUCUUCCUUGUGAUAUACUCAUGGCGAGGGUAGGGUAAACUAUAAAUUUAUUUACAACAUUCGUAGCUCCCCCUUAUUGCCUAACUGCCUUUUUUUAAUAAACAACCAGAAUUACUUUUUUCGGUCUAUCUCAAAAAUGGACCAAUCAGAAUAGCUUUUUUGACACGCCUACAAAAAAAUAAUGUUGAUUGGUUCAUUCUAAGUAUCGGAUAGAAGAUUGAGAUAGGCAUAGAUUUUUAAAAAAUUGGUCGUGAACUAACAGUUGACUAGUAAUUGUGCAUGGACUAUAAAAUAUAUUUUUGUCGAAAUUAUAUGGUAAGACCAAUUUAUUUCAAAAAGUGUGUUUCAAAAAGGCCCGUCAGUGUAACUAGUUGUAUAACCAAAGACAGAACUCUUGGUGUCUUUCUGAGUAGUGAACCAAUGAAUUGCUGGAGUAUAAUUGUGAACGUAUAUUAUGUACCUUUAAUAUGUUAAGAAUAUUAGGAAUGCAACGAGUCGGCCAUUACUGUAUGCAAUUAUUUUUUAUAUUUUUUGUACAAUAAUAACUUUGUCGCCUUUAUAAUUUGAAUGGGCUUUAUGGGCGCAUUUACGUACUAUUGGUGUUAAUUAGAAUUAAAACAUGAACAAGCCGUGGCUCGGCGAACAAAGUUUACUAUAAUUGAAGUUAUUAAAGAUUUAUUUAUGUUAUUUCCAAUUUAUUUUAUAGCUUUCAUAUAUAUUUUUUAAUAAUUAAAAUUGUACUUCAAGUAUUGGCUAUAUUUGAAGUAUAAUAUUACUAAUGCAGAUCAAAUAUAUUAAUUAAGCAUUUUGUAGGAGGGUAAGACAGAAUUCUUUUGACUUGGGCCAUUCUAUUGAAUCGCUUGUAGCACAAGCUGAUGCUAAAAUAAUGUCCUGCCGUGGCUUGGUAUAUUACUAGAGGCCUUUUACUUGUUGCAUCCCUAUUGAAAAUCUAAGAUACGUGAUCACGCGACCUAAGCCGCGUCUUUUAGCUAGUAAUUUAUAAUUGUUAGUUAUGCCUACUUAUCCAAUUCACUAUUUUAGCUGAAUUAGCGAAAUAAGUCGUUUAUGUGGAACGAAACACUUGUUUGCGAUAUUUAUGACAUGUAAAAGUUGUAUGGUAUCUUUGUAGGGUUUGUUUGGUGUUUGUAUCAUUGUUGAAUGUUGAAAUUACUUUUAGACAGUCCGUUUAUUUUCAGCUGCAAUCAAAGCAAAAGUAUAGCUUCAUUACGUCCUCUAUUACAACGACUAAUUUCACUAAUUUCGCUUUUUUAUUAUUGUAAGGUUUACAAACAGAUAAAUGUUAUAAUUUCUGAAUGAAAAUAUUGUGGCAUCGGGAAAGUUUGUCCAAUUUGGUAGUAAUUCAAAUAAUAUAGUACAUGUGUUGCUUUCAAACACUUUAUUUCCAUCCAGCAUCUAAGCUGCAUUUUAGAGCAGCAAAAAAUAGUAAGGCAAAUAAACACAUAUUUUAUGAAAGCUAAUGCUGAUUGCAAUUACUACUAUGAAAUACGUAUGUAAAUCAGUUCAAUUGAUGCCUGGAAAUAAGUUUGUUACAAAACUCAAAACAGAAUCUUGUUCAUGCUUUAUAUGUGCUUGGAAAUCCCAAACCCUAACGGCCAGUAAUUGGAAUCCAACUUGCUGUAUUUUGUCUUAAGAACUCAUCAUUUCAAAUAGAAAACUGGAUGUUGAUUAAUGAAUAAAUUGAAUAUAUUAAAAA